UGUGAUUCAAAUUGGAUGGGAAUCCCAUGCCAUUCCUCAUAGAUCCUAAUGGCAACAGAAUCGAACCUUCAUGGAGUGCAUUCUAUCUUGACAAGCUCCUGGAUGUCACUACAGAAAUACCACAGAUCUGCAGCUGCAAUUGCGACAGUAACAGUGACAGCAACAGUUUGGAUCAGCCUUUCAACCAAUCCCUUACUACUUACCAGAACGCACAAACCGAGUUGAUCAAGCCUGAGCUUGAACAGAUUAAAGCGUUAUUGCGGAAGGUUAAAGUGAAGAGCGAUCAGAUGAUGCACCUACAAUCGGAAAUGCUUAGAAUGCAAGCGACCAUGAUCAAAAUGCAGUUGGAGCCCAAGGACGAGAAAAUGGAUGAACUGCAAUGCUAUGGGAGACCAAAAAGAAAGACGAUGAAAUGCUUAAACUGUAACUAG